AUGGUCUACAUAUUUUUCGACGGGUUCUUCACAAAUGCAGUACCCGUCGACUUGCACAACGAGUUCCCUGGACAGCGAUUUAUGACAUAUCCAUCGACUGUGAGCCUGAGUGUACAAGCCGGCUCCGACCUGGCAGCAGAAAUGAAAUCCAAGUGGGACAGAGAUCAAGGUCGCUUUAUAAUCUUUACACACGAGCCCAUAGACCUGGGAGGGCAACCACGAUCGUUCACUACCAUGAUGAUCAACCUUGCUCAUCAAAUGGUGCACGCUUGGAUGGAUAUCUUCGCUUACGACGAUGAUGCAGCGAGGCGUACAGAACAAGUGUCGUUCGCGCCACCAAGGUACGAGGCUGAACAUGGGACUGCGUUCGGGGAGCUCACCAGGUUCAUUACGCGGACAUUGAGGGACAAUUCCAGGUCAGGAGUGUCUGAAUUCGAUCGCCCCGCCCAAUUAGCCCAUGGUCUUCUUUGCAGGAUCCGAAAACUCUUCAAAAAGUAA